AUGGACGCUCUUGCGUCCUUUUUUGCUCCGUCACCCGCGCUGCCAGUACCGCUCUUCAGCCCCAGUGCAGCCGCACCCAACAGCCUUUUCGAUACAUCCGUGAACCGAGCCAGGGCGGAUGUCUUCACACCUACUCCAUGCAAGUCAGGCGCUCUUGAUCACGUCACAGCGCUUCUACAUGAUGUCGGCCGAGGGGGCCAAAGUGGCGCCGGCUCGGAUCCCAUCGGAGUUCAUCUUCAACAUCAGCGAUGUAACAACGACUCGGCUGUGCCAACUAACGCAGCGACGGACCCUCAUCAUCAUGAGGGCGGCAGCGGCGGUAGCGGCAGCGGUAGCGGCAGCGGCGGCUCGCACAUGUUUGGCGGCAGCGGCGGCGCUGCCGCCGGCAUUGAUGGCGGCAGUGGGAACGGCGGAGGAUUGUACGGCAGCUUCUGUGGCAUCGCCAAUGGCGGCGGCGGUGGUUGCGCGGGAUUACAGCUCAACGUGAAGGACAUGUUGUUGGCGCAUCACGAUGAUGACGACCGCAGCGGCGGUUUGCUGACCUCCAUGCCGUCUUUUUGCGGCGGUGGUGGUAGCGGUGGUGGUGGCGGUGGUUUCGGAUCUGGCCUGGGUCUGGGGCGACCCCGAAGCCGCUACUUGGAUUUUUGUACGACGCCACGCCACUCUGCGGACGCCGCCGCCAGCGGCGGCGCCGCUGCCGCACCUGACGCUACCAGCGGAGACGCGACGACGGGCAGCAACACCGGGCAGCACUCCAGGGGCGCUGACGGCGCCGCCGAGUCGCCUCCGGAGUCCCUGGACGAGCCGCAGAAGCCCGUGCUGUCGUACCCGUCACCAAACGAGGAAACCCGGAUCGCGAUUGCCGGGGGUUGUGUGAAGGUGGUGGAGUCAGGAGCCUCCCGCACGACGGUGGAAACGCCCGGAGUGGAGUUGGGUUGCGGCCCGAGCGGCGGUGGCGGCGGAGCCAGCGGCGGCAUCACCUCCACGGAGGUGGCGGCGGGGCCCGCGGCCGCAGCAACGGGCACAGAGCGCAUGGCCACUGUCUCAGCCUCCGCUGCUGGCGGUGGCGGCGGCGGCGGCAGCAACGGCGUCCUUGUGCCUUCUUCUGGAGGGUCUUUUGGUCUCCGUACGGAAUCCUUGCUCGUACUACCGGGAACGAGUGUCGCCGUUCCCGGUGGCGGCGGAGGGGGCCUUAUGGUACCCGUGUCAGGUAGUGGCCGCGGCGGCGGCGGCAACGACGGCGGCGGUUGCGACUUAUCGUCCAGUAUGGAGGCCGAUACGAUGCAGUACAGCGCUGGCGGCAGGGGCAGCGGUGCCGGCGGUGUUUGCCUGGACAGGGACCUUGGGAUGUCCUCCCCGUCGUUGCUGCCGCCACCGCCGCUCUCUUUGGGCGGUCUGAUGCCGUCUUCAUUUUCAGUCCCUCCACAUCUGCAACCUAACCAUCACCACCUCCAGCAUCACCAUCAUCAUCAUCAUCAUCAGCAGCAACAGCAGCAGCAGCACUACCAAAGUAGCGCCAUGACAUCGUCAAUGAUGGAUUUGUCGAUGGCUCGAGGCGGUUCCGGAGCCGGAACAGGGGCCUCCACGCUGAUGAUGGUUUCGGAGGGUGGCGGGGCAAUGCCGGGAUUACAGCCGUUGUCGCAGAUGCAGAUGCCGCUAUGCGAGGAUGAUAAGAGCUUUGUUAAGCGACAAAUUCAGCAACAGCAAAUGCAGCAACAGCAAAUGCAGCAACAGCAAAUGCAGCAACAGCAACCACUAGUGAGGGGUGGGAGUGGUACGUUUGCAGUUCGUAUGGCGAGUGGUGGUAGCGGAGCGGGUGGCGGCGGCGGCGGCGGCGUCAACGGAAGCAGUGGUGGACUUCUUCAAGGCCGCGACGCGGCGGCGGCGGUGGCGGCGUCAGGCGGCUGCGAGCGGCCUGGCGUAGGGCUGCCGCCGCGUAGCGGUGGCGGCGGCGGCGGCGGCAUAAAUGUCAUGCCCGGUGGCGGCAUGCCUGGUGCUGCUGUUGCCGCGGCAAGCGUUGGCGGUGCUGGCGGCGGCGGUGCAGGCAAUGGCGGGGCCUCUACGCCGUCCACCUUGCAGCGGCCGCAGCGGACUCGUACGGCAAGUUCGUAUGGCGGCGGCGGUGCUGGCGGCGCCAUGAACGAGGGAACGGUGAUGUCGAUGCGCGGCGCGCCUUCGAUGGAUUUUGAUUCAGAUGUAGUGGUUCCGGAGCUGGAACUCUCACCGGACUUUCCGGGUCGCGGUGGCAUUAACGCCAACGCUAAUCCUAACGCUCACCGUUCCAGCGGCGCGGGCGGUGGCUUGACCCAGAUACAGGGUGGGGGGCCCAACCGCGGUCGUCGUACAUCAGAAAACAGCUCCAAGUCGUGCCGUUGUAAGAAGAGUCAGUGUCUCAAGCUGUACUGCGACUGUUUCGCGGCGGGGCAGUACUGCGGGUCGUGCUCCUGCAUCUCGUGUCACAACCGGCCGGAGCAUGCGGAUCGGGUUCUUCAGCGGCGUGAGGACAUCGCUGCGCGAGAUCCCCAGGCCUUCACUCGGAAGAUUCAGUUGGCUCCCAACGGUAAUGGAAAGCACAAGCGUGGCUGCAACUGCCGGAAGAGCCACUGCCUGAAGAAGUACUGCGAGUGCUACCAGGGCGGUGUGAAGUGCGGCAUCCAGUGCACGUGUAUGGAGUGCGAGAAUAUGGACGUGGGCAGCUCGCAGGAGGGCGCUGGUGCGAGGGGAGCUUUGAAGCGCGGGGGUGCCGCCGCCAAAGGGGCGGGUGGGCGGGCUGGUGGCGGCGGCGGGGGCGGCGGCAGCCGAGCGGGCAGCCGCCGCAGCUCCGCCACCGGCAUGUACGACGACUACGCGCCAUCGCCGCCGCUGCCAUCGACGUCGGGUUGCUCGGACGGUCCAUCGCCGACGCCUUCUCAGGGUACUGUGCCAGGCUCCGGUGUCGUACGGGACGAGAUGGACGAAGAUGCGGAGGAGGAGGAGGAGGAGGAGGAAGGGGAUGGUCCAUCCCAGGAGCAGUUAGGUCCGUUGAAGAGGCGGCGGAAGCAGGAACUGGGACGCCGUACGGCGGCAACGCCGCUGCCGCUGCCGUCGGACCACCCCACAGCUCCCACAAGCGAGAGCUCCGCCCUAGCCACCGGCGGCACCUGGGCUGAAGAAGCCCGGAACAGCGCAGGCUGCAACAACCGCCGCGGCGCGGCGGCGACAGUUGCGGCGGCUCAUGCAAGCGAUAAUAAUGCCGAUAACGCCUACCCCCGGACGGAAGGAGGAGGUAUGGGGGACAUGACUCUCGCCGCCGUCGGCACGGCUGGGGGGGACUUGGGACCGUCAGGCGCUGGCGCGGCUGCGGCAAUGGCUGCGGCUGCUGCUAUGCCUCCGCCACCGUCGGGCCAGGACUUGCGUUUCUCUCUGGGUCCGGAGCCCCCGGGCUUUACCCCCCGGGGCUUGGGGAUAUCUUCGCUUGACGUCGUGUCGCCGCCGCCGCUGUCCAUGCUCACACACUUGGAGUCUGACACAGACAGCGACGGUGGCGGCUUGGAGGGCGCCGGAGGAGGUCUUGGCUGCCGGCCGCGGCGGCGUAGCGCACAGCACCAGUACCGGCAACAGUAUAUGAAUACGGGAGGUGCGGCGGUGGCAGCAGCUGCCGGCGGCGGCGGCGGUGGCGGCGGCGGCGCUGCAGACGUACCUCAUCCGUCGGCCUUACGGCGAAACGGCGGCUCCCGCCAUCAAAGCCACGGUAUGGUGGGCCUUGACGUCGGAGUUAUGGACUUCGACGACUCGUCGAGUGCGCUCGCGGACGCCAUGAUCACCGCCAUUGCCGAUGAGGCCUCGAGGGGGCCUAUGGCUGGCGGCGGCGAGUGUGUCGCCACCACUGCUGGAGCUGCCGGUACGGCGGCGGCUGCCGCCGCCGCGGCUGCAGCGGCGGGGCGUCACCAGCACCGUCAGUCUGGAGAAGCUGCCGCCGCCGCCGGUAGCGAUGCCGCCACAGCUCGGGAAGGCGGAGGCGUCCUGCUUUGCGGCGAACUUUUGGGUUCGGGGUGCUUACUGGAUGAUGGCUCUAACGACAUGUUCCUAGCGGGAUUUGAACCCAACUCUGUAGAGGGUGCCCGUGGGUGCGGCAGCUUUGGCUUUGGCAGUGGCGGCAGUGGUGGCGGCUUUUUGAGCCCACGCUUUGGCGGCAUGGGUGGAGGCAAUUCCUCCUUUGGUUUGGCGACGUCCCCGACGGCUUUCCCGCGUUCUGGCGGCGUCAACGGCAGUCUUGGGUUGUGUGCCGUAUCGCCGCAGUGGCGUGUACGGCCGCCAGGUCUUGGCCCGAUGGGUGAGGUCGCCGCCGCCGUCGGGCCGCCGUUGGGGCUUAUGUCGUCCAAUUCGUGGCUCCACCUGCCGCACCGCCGACCGUCCCGCUUCGCGCCCACUCGGGUAAACGGCGGCAGCGGCGGCGGCGGCAGCAGCGCAAUGUCGUACGACCCAUCGCAGCUUCCGCCGUGGCCACCGGUGGCGUCCGUCACAACAUGUACGGUGGGCGGUCCGCUGGUUCCGGAGCUGUGUGGACUUGACUCGGGGCUGGCACUCAAGGGUGGGCAUCUGGACAUGGGAAGGGCUGGCGCGGCGGCGGCGGCUGCCGCCAGCGUGCACACGCUGGUGUCUCCCGUACGGACGUCGGCGAUGUCCGCAGCUGCCCUGGCGAGGCGGAGGGAGACUGGCGGGCCGGAGGGAGACGCUUCCCGGGCUCCCUCUUACCAGGGGGCCCCCAGCGGCUGCGGCGACGAGCAACGGGAAAGUGGCCCAUGGGUCGUUCCGGCAGCACAUCAUCAUUUGGAGGCCGCCUCAUCACCAUCGAAGCAACAGCGCUGUUUCAUGGCGACGGCCGCUGGCGGCGGAGGCAACCUGGCGGCACCGCUACAGCUGCCACAGCCCUCGGCGAUGACCCCCGGCGAACAGCCCCAGUUUGACAUCCUAACAGGCGGCUCUGGCGGUGGCCACCCCCGGACGCAGCCGCCGGGCGGCGGCCGUGGCGGAAGCCGCAACGGCGGCGGCUGCGCCGGCGCUGCCGGCGGCGGCGCCAGCGCCAACCGCCCGCCACGGGCCGGAAGUUUUGUCGCAGACAAGGAGCAGCUUAAAGCGAGUGCGCUGCAGUACAUGACCCAGCGGCUGGGAUGUGGAGGCACACGUGGGACCAUCACCAGUCUUAUUAAGCAGCCUGUGGCGGCGUUUGCCGCCGCUGCCACCGCCGCCUCGGCGGCGGCGCCAGCGCCACCUUCUCAGAUGGUGUCGUUGCCGGCGGUCUACGGCCAAGGCGGCGGCGGCGGCGGCGGGGUUACGGGCGCUUGCGCUCCGGGCUUGCACGGUGGCAUUGGAAACGGUGGCGGUGGGAGUGGCGGCGAUGGCAGUUUAGGUGGCGGCGCGACGGUGAAAGUAUCGUCUUGCGCCGGCGGCGGCGGCACCGGCGGCGGCGGCGGCGGCGGGGCAUCUCAACCGCUACCCCAGGGUCACUGCGGCGACGGCGGCGGCCCCUUCUCAGCGGCGGCGACCGGCGGCUCCGCUGGGGCGAUGGCAGCCCCACCUCAGCGCGCGGUCAGCAACGGCGCCGCUGCCGUCAACGCCUCCAACGCCGUACAGGUCCCUUUUGGGAUUGUGUCCGGGGUCAUGGGCCAUGGCGUCGGCGGUGGUGCUGGCGGUGGUGACGGCAGCGCAGGCGCCGCCGCGGCCGCCGCCGCCUCUGGCGUUGUCGUUGGCGGCGGCGGUGCAGUGUACCACGUUGCCAUUGGCGGCACGCCAGUUAGCCGUCCGCUGCUGCGCCUGGGCGGCAUGACUAAACUGGGCUCUGGUAGCACCGUGUUCCUUUCUCCGAGUAGUGGUAUGUGGGGCCGUUGUUCGGCCGGCGUUGGCGUUGUUCACGAUCCGCCGUCUGCUAAAAGAACGGUGGGAGCGGAGUCCACCACCGCCACCAGUGCGAAUUGUGGCCAGUGA